AUGAGCGACAUUGAUCGGAAAGAACCCUUCGAUGAGAAGGCCUCGACCCAUGAGGUCGAUCUCGUUAACGACCCUGAUGCGGGUCUGACUGAGGAGGAGAGAAAGGAGGCUGAGAAGAAGCUGCUUCGAAAGAUUGAUGUCAAGCUUGUUCCUUGGCUCUGCCUGCUCUACCUCGUUUGCUUCCUUGACCGAACCAACAUCGGAAAUGCCAAAAUCGCCGGCCUCCUCGACGACAUCCACAUGAACACUUCGCAAUUCAACGCCACCCUGACCAUCUUCUACAUCUCAUAUGCCGUCUUUGAGCCCCUCGCCAACGUUCUCCUGAAGUGGUCCAAGCCCUCCAUCUUCAUCCCUGCCAUCAUGGUUCUGUGGGGCGGCGCCAUGCUGGGCAUGGGUUUCGUUCACAACUGGGACGGCCUCAUGGCUGCUCGAUGGUUCCUUGGUCUUACUGAGGCUGGUCUGUUCCCCGGUAUCAACUACUAUCUCUCAUGCUGGUACAAGCGUUCCGAGUUUGGUGCCCGUGCCGCCUGGUUCUUCUCUGCUGCGGCUCUUGCUGGCUCCUUCGGUGGUCUCCUGGCUGCUGCUAUCCAAAAGAUGGAUGGUAUCUCUGGCAUUGCUGGCUGGGCUUGGAUCUUCAUCAUCGAGGGUCUUCUCACCAUGGUCAUUGGUAUCGCCUCAUUCUGGAUGGUGCACGACUUCCCUACUGAGGCCACCUUUCUCACGGAGGAGGAGCGACGCCGAGUCAUCUACCGACUUGCCUCUGACCAGCAGUCGUCUGCCAAGAACGAAGAGUUUAAGAUGAAGUACCUCUGGCAGUCGCUCACUGACUGGAAGACCUACUGUGGCAUGCUCAUCUACAUGGGUCCUCUGAUGCCCCUCUACUCUUUCAGCGUGUUCCUGCCCACCAUCAUUCAGAACAUGGCCUUCACUGACAAGAAGGCCGUCAUCAAGAACCAGCUUCUCAGCGUGCCUCCCUACGCCCUAGCUGCUAUCGUCACCGUCUGCGUGGGUAUGUACUCUGACCGAAUCAACAAGCGAGGCAUCUUCAACCUUUGCGCUGCCCCUGUCGGACUUGCGGGUUUCGUCAUGCUCAUCGCUUCGACCAACCCGGCUGUUCAGUACACUGGAUGCUUCCUGGGUGCCCUGGGCAUCUACCCUGUCAUCCCCAUCACCAUCAGUUGGGUUGCCAACAACGUGGAAGGUGUGUACAAGCGAGGUAUCACACUUGGAUUUGUCAUUGGCUGGGGCAACCUGAACGGUGUGGUGAGCAGCAACGUCUUUAUCAACGCCCCUCGCUUCUACGAGGGCCACGGCACGAUCCUGGGCUUCAUGUUUGCUGGUGUCUUUGGCGGCAGCCUCAUCAUGUACCUGAUGCUUGCACGGGAGAACAGGCUGCGGUUGGCCGGUGAGCGUGACCACCUGAUCGAGGGCAAGUCGGAGGAGGAGAUCCACGAGAUGGGAGAUAAGCGACCCGAUUUCCUUUACACACUGUAA